AAACACACAAUCAAUUUAUAACAACACAUAACAAACUCAAAUGGAUUCUUUCCUUAGCAAACUCUCUAUUCUAUUUGUUCUUCUAGUCGCCACACCCUUAGCUCUAGCUCAGACUAGGGUCGGCUUCUAUUCCACCUCUUGUCCCAGAGCGGAAUCCAUCGUUCAAGCCACCGUUAAGAAACAUGUUAACUCCGAUUCCACUGUUGCCCCCGGACUGCUCAGAAUGGUCUUCCAUGAUUGCUUCGUUCAUGGUUGCGAUGCUUCGAUUCUUAUCGAUGGCAGCAAUGCUGAGAAAACCGCUAGGCCAAAUCUUCUGCUGAGAGGAUAUGAAGUGAUUGAGGAUGCCAAAACACAGCUAGAGGCAGCAUGCCCCGGAGUCGUGUCGUGUGCUGAUAUUCUUGCUCUUGCUGCUCGUGAUGCCACAGUAGAAGUCGGUGCACUGACUUAUCGCGUGCCUACUGGCCGGAGAGACGGACGAGUGUCAUUGGCGUCCGACACCGCCAAUUUGCCGAGUUUCACAGACUCAGUCGCGGUCCAGAAGAAAAAAUUUGCAGAUGUUGGUCUAAGCGCUCAAGAUCUUGUUACCCUUGUUGGAGGACACACUAUUGGAACAGUGGCUUGCCAAUUCGUGAGCUACAGAUUAUACAACUUCACAAACUCCGGGGGUGCUGAUCCUACCAUCGAUCCCUCGUUCCUUCCUACACUCCAAUCGCUUUGCCCUAAAAAUGGCGAUGGAAAUAAACGUAUCGCUUUGGACUACGGGAGCGGUAACAAUUUUGAUCGUUCUUUCUUCAAAAAUGUUCGAGAUGGACGGGGAAUUCUGGAGUCAGAUCAGAGCUUGUGGCAGGACAGUACAACGAGGAACUUUGCGCAGAGAUUUAUGGGUAUCAGAGGCUUGGCUGGAUUGACUUUGAACGUCGAAUUCGGAAAAUCUAUGAUUAAAAUGACGAAUAUUGGGGUGAACACUGGGACGGCCGGGGAAAUUCGAAAGGUCUGUUCAAGAGUUAAUUAGAGUCGAACUUUGAUAUUCCAGUUCUAGAGUUAUGAAAACUUGAGUAGGCGGAUGCAAAAUAAGCCUGCAGUUGUAAAAGCUUCCACGAACAGCAAAGAAAGUUCAUUUACAAACAAACACGUAUUGUUUGAGUUAUAUAUAAAGAGUAUAAAGCGUCUUCAAGAACUAAGAAACAGAUGUUUUUCAUGUACAAUAUAUAUAUAUUUUUAUAUUAGGAAUGGUCACUUAAUGAAAUACAAUUUAUACUUUGCUUGCUGGGCCA